AUGGCUACGACUCGUCGGCCCAUCCAUGGCGCGGCGACGGCGUUGCCCUUCCUUGACAGCUUCUCGAGCUCCCCGCGCACCCACGCCGAGGACAUGCCGCCCCCCUUGAGGCAGUCAGAGAUCUGUGAGUGCUCAAGCAGGCUGAGCAGCAGCUGGUCGACGGUGAGGUGGGAGUCCCCGCGCUUCUUCUGCGUUCCAGAAGGCUUCGUUCGGGUGCGACCGUGUGAGGACGUGGUGCGGUGCGUGAAGGAGAACCACGCGGUGAUGCGUGGCGGCGCUGGCGUGGUCUACCGCGCCGAGAUGCCCGAUGGGGAGGUCGUGGCCGUUAAGCGCAUCGUGGCGGCUGGCGGGUUCCGGGCGGAGUCCCGGCCCGCGUGGAUCCGGCGCCUGCUUGAGGUGUUCCUGCUGUGCCAGGAGGAGUUCCGGGUGCUAGCGCCCGAGGCGCGUCGCCGCUGGACGCUGCCGGCGCAGGCGGAGCGGCUGGUGGCAGAGUUCGGGGAGCGCGCGGUCAAGGCGCUCGACGUCUGCAAUGCGGCGCGCGACGGGGUGGACCAGGCACGCCGGUGGGAGCGCCUCGCCGGCAUCGCGGCGUGCGUGCUGCCCGCGUCGGCCGAGGGGGAGAUCCACGUGGGCCAGCUCCGCCGCGUGCGGAAGGCCCUCGCGGACCUCUCCGUGCUCCUCAUCGACGACGCGGCGCCGGCGGGGUCGCCUCGUUCCUCGCCUGCCACCGCAACCGCUCCUUCGGCCGCGCGUGGGCGUCGCCCUCCCGCGCUGCCGGCCAUCGUGGCUGGCCUGGCCGCGCCACGCGGGAGCGAGGCCUCGGGCCUCGCCGUGCCGGCCUACGCCAUGGGCUACCUGCUCCACCUCACCGUGUGGGCGCUCGUCGCCGCCGUCCCCUGCCCGGACUGCAGCGGCGCGCUCCAGGCGAAUCACCUCCCGGCCGUGCCGCCGCUCCUCACGCUUCCGCCGGCGACACCAGCGAGGCAAGAUCUGCGUGGAGAGAGAGGGGCAGAAAGAAGAUGA